AUGACUUCCACAGCAAAAGUAAUGACACCUUCAAAAGACAAUGUGUUUUUAUUUAUACCCAAUCUUAUUGGAUAUACGCGAAUUCUUUUGGCUUCUAUAUCCUUGUAUUAUAUGCCUGAACAUCCUAAAGUAUGCGUGCCAUUAUACUGCAUCUCUUGUCUAUUGGACGCUGUUGAUGGAAAUGCUGCCCGUUAUUUUGGUCAAUGUAGUAAGUUCGGGGCUGUACUGGAUAUGGUCACCGACAGAUGUACAACGACGUGUCUCUUGUGCUUUCUAUCCAUUCGAUAUCCUGAGUGGACAUUGAUAUUUCAAUUCCUUAUUUCACUUGAUUUUAGUUCACACUAUAUGCAUAUGUAUAGUUCAAUGAUUUCAGGAUCCUCUAGCCACAAGAAGAUUAGCGAGGGACAAAGCUGGUAUUUACGCAUCUAUUAUACAAAUAAUAUCGUCUUGUUUCUUAUGUGUGCUGGUAACGAACUCUUUUUUGUCUUGUUGUAUAUAUUAAGUUUCUCUGGUCCUUUGAACGCAUAUUGGUGGGCUGCUCUUGGUGUCACAGGCACCGUUUGUUUUGGAAAGCAAUUUAUCAACAUUGUUCAAAUUGUCAAUGCAAGUAAUACACUGGCAGCAGUUGAUUUAGAGGAAAGGGCAAAGAGUGAGCUCGAGAAAAAUAAAUAA